AUGGGGGCGUCGCUGGCCGCAGCCGUUCUCCCGUUCCUCAUCCUCUCCGGACAUUGGGCUUCAGCUGAGAACAUCAACUUCUACAACAUCAGGCCUCCACUAGACCCCACUCCAUUCCCAAACAGUUUCAAGUGCUUUACCUGUGACAACGCGGUGGACAACUACAACUGCAACAGAUGGGCUGAAGACAGGUGGUGUCCUGAAAGCACUCGGUACUGCCUGACCGCUCACCUCUUCACGGCGCGUGGGGAGAGCACCUCGGUCACCAAGAGGUGUGCCACGGGCGAGGAGUGUCACCUGGUGGGGUGCCACCGCCGCGGGGACAGCGGCCACACGGAGUGUGUUUCCUGCUGUGAAGGCAUGAUCUGCAAUGUGGAGAUCCCCACCAACGCCACCAACGCGGUGUUCGCCGUGCUGCAGGCGCGCAGGACGGCCGCGGGCAGCCGCGCCCUGCCCAGCCUGCUGCCACUGGUGACACUGGUGGCACUGGUGACAAUGGCACUGUCCUGA